AUUAUCUUUUUCGAUGCAGGUCAGCAGCAGUAGGUUGUUUCGAAAUAACCUUUUGGGGUAUAUAUCUAACUUUGCUUACGGUUCUCAAUCUAAUGACAAGACUCUAUACCAUCUUUUAAUAAUAUUAAAAGAGAUAUACUAUAUUUAGGAAAGACAUCAAACCAAUCAUCCUGUUGAAUCUUCCUUUUUAAAUUUCAAGUUCUAUUACAAAAACAUAACAUUAGAUAAAGAAUAAAAGGGAAUGGUCCCGGCCAUAGAAUAAAUCAAAAGGAAAAGCAAAGAAUGGCAAAAGGACGUCGCAUACUGCCUCAAUGGAAAUAAAUAAACAUAGAAUUCCAUAGAAGAAGUCAUUUUGAAAUGGAAUAUAAGAUUUAUUAAUGGAAGCUUAUCUAAAGGUUCAAACUGUAAAUCAUUGCAUUCAUAAUAAGUCUCUCUCUUUCUUUCCUAUGAUCUUCUACGGUUUUCCUUGUUAACUAGCCAUUCCAAAACUCUCAAGACCCAACUCAAAACAUCACCAAACCUGAACUCCAUGAUCAAAACAGCAAUCAAAAUCUUUCUUCUAGCAGUAGCUACCUCUUUCUCCUUCCUCCUCUUUUCUCCACCACCAAAAUCUUUCUAUUACUCUCUCUACAUAUACCCUGCCCUAUCUGACAAUGUCUCAGUAUCACAACACCUCCAAACCCUCACUCGCCGACCCCAUGUCGCCGGUUGAGCCAACACCGAGGCUGCAGCUUAUGUGUUAUCAGUUCUCACUUCCUGCAAGAUAAAAGCACAUAUUGCUUCCUAUGCUGUCUCCCUAACUUACCCAGUUUCACGUUCUUUAUCACUAACACGUCCGUUCCCAGACCCUCCCAUCACUUUCUCUCUCCGCCAAGAAAUUUAUGAUGGUGAUCCAUUUGCUGAUGUUGCUGACCAAGUCCUACCGACGUUUCAUGGAGACGGGAAGUCAGGUACUGCAACAGGACCAGUUGUUUAUGUGAACUAUGGAAGAAUGGAAGACUACGUGACAUUGGAAGAAAUGGGCGUGAAUGUGUCGGUUAGUGUUGUGUUGGCAAGAUAUGGAGAAAUAUACAGGGGAGACAUUGUGCACAAUGGGUUUGAGGCAGGUGCUAUUGGGGCUCUGAUUUAUACAGAUAGGAAAGAUUACGGCGGCGGGAGUGGUGACGCAAGGUGGUUUCCGGAUGAUAAGUGGAUGCCGCCAAGUGGAGUCCAGGUGGGUUCAGUUUAUGAUGGGGUGGGUGACCCGACUACACCUGGAUGGGCUAGUACGGAAGGAUGUGAGAGGAUAUCUAAUGAAGAGGUUGAGACAACAGGUGAUGUUCCACUUAUACCUUCAUUGCCAAUUUCGGCACAAGAUGGCCAUACAAUCAUGAGGUCCAUUGAGGGACAAGUGGUGAAUCAGGAUUGGCAAGGAGACAAAGAUGCCCCUAUUUACAGGACUGGACCAGGACCAGGAGUUGUCAAUCUCAGUUACAAGGGGGCAAACGUCAUAGCCACGAUCCAAAAUGUGAUUGGUGUCAUUACAGGUACAGAGGAGCCUGAUCGAUUUGUGAUACUGGGUAAUCAUCGAGAUGCAUGGACAUUUGGAGCUGUGGAUCCUAACAGUGGCACUGCUGCUCUACUAGAGGUUGCGGAAAGACUAGAAAAGCUGCGGAAAAAAGGGUGGAAACCUCGAAGAACCAUAGUGUUAUGCAAUUGGGAUGCUGAGGAGUAUGGCCUGACAGGAUCAACUGAAUGGGUAGAAGACAACAGGGAGAUGCUAGCUUCAAGGGUUGUUGCUUACUUGAACGUUGACUCUGCAGUAUACGGACCAGGAUUCUAUGCCUCAGCAACUCCUCAACUUGAUGAACUACUCAAGCAAGCUACUCAACAGGUUCAAGAUCCAGAUAACUCAUCACAAACAGUCUACGAUUCCUGGGUUGGUUCUAGUCAUUCUCCAGUGAUUGGGAGAUUAGGAGGUGGAGGAUCAGAUUAUUCAGCUUUUGUGCAGCAUAUCGGUGUUCCAUCAGCUGACCUGGCUUUCGGAGAAGGAUACCCAGUAUACCACUCAAUGUACGAUGACUUUGUCUGGAUGGAAAAAUUUGGAGACCCACUGUUCCAAAGACAUGUUGCAGGCAAUAAACAAGGCUAAAGGUUGGGCAUCCAUAUGGAAAAAAGAUCACUCUAAGGUGAGAGAGCUGAAUGACAGACUAAUGAUGGCAGAAAGAGCAUUCACAGAUCGAGAUGGACUCUUUGGAAGGACAUGGUACAA